GCAGCAGGCGCGGAGCCGAAAGCCAUCUUUGCUGGAGAGGGAGCCAGCGCAGCCCGCUCGCCCCCCGCUCGCCAUGUCUGUUCCAGCAUCUGCCCAGGGUCCCACAGGGGCUGCAGGGGCUGCAGGGCCCCCUCCUGCCACCAACGUGUCCAGCAACAAGAGGCUGCAGCAGACACAAGCCCAGGUGGACGAGGUGGUGGACAUCAUGAGGAUGAAUGUGGACAAGGUGCUGGAAAGGGACCAGAAGCUGUCAGAGCUCGACAACCGGGCAGAUGCGUUGCAAGCAGGUGCCUCACAGUUUGAGACUAGUGCAGCCAAACUGAAGAGGAAAUACUGGUGGAAAAAUUGCAAGAUGAUGAUCAUCCUUGGUGUAGUAUGCGCAGUCAUUCUCAUUAUAAUUAUAAUUUAUUUCUCCACUUGAAAAAGCAGAGAAGGAAGACUUGGCACAACUUUGUUCAUAUCAGCCAACGAUAUCAGUGUUCCUUUGUUGAACUCCGCUUUUUAAUUCCCAGUGUCUUGGGAUUUUUGCUUGUAAUAACCCAUAAGCAUUCA